AAGAAGAUUAUCAAGGGAGAAUCAAAAAUUAAUCAAAUUAAAAUAAGAAUUUAUUUUAGAUUUAAUAGUGAAAGAAAGUAUAAAAUGAUCAAUAUUAGCAAAUCCGCUUCUAAGGUUUUAAAAUUAAAUUAAGCUUUAAACGCAUAAUUUUCAAGAGUACGUUCUUUCAAUGAUUUUAAGGCUGCUAAGACAUAUAUUGAUACUCUUAAACCCAAGCUCGCUUGUUUAUAUUUCCGUGCUGACUGGAAUCCUCUUUGUGAAUAGGCUGAUAAAGAUUUCGACAAGCUUUCUGAUACUCAUCUUGAAUAUGAAUUUGUCAAAAUCGAUAUAGAUAAAGCUCCCUAAGCUAAGGGUUACUUCGCCGUUAGAUGUGAACCUGAAUUCCUUUUGUUGUGUUUGGGCCAAGAAAUGACAAGAUAAACAGGUUAAAACUAAAGAAAUUUAGAACACAGACUUUUCAAAGUUUAAGAAUAUGUUAAGGGACUUAAUUUCCCUGCUGGUAUGGAUACUUAUGAAGAAUUCCACGAAUAAUACAUGGCCGAACAUACUCAACUCGAUAAGGAAAUUAACGAAUGGGCUAGAUGA